GCGGAGGAUGAUGAUGCUGCUGCUGCUGAUGAUGAUGAUGGAGAUGCCGGAGAAGAAAUAAGCGACAAAAACAUCAUCGGCUCCGCUGAUUCACCACCGAACAAAAGCGCGUCCGAACGACGACGGACAAUGAUGUGAGUUAGCAAACCGGAAGUUCAUUAAAAUAGCGAUUUGUUGCGCGGUUUUUUUUGUGGGUUUUUUUUUUGCGCAGCUAACGUCGACGCCGGUUGCCGGACUCGCGCUGUGGAGGAGGAGGACGACGACGACGAGGAGGAGGUGAGAUCUUUCAAGCCAUAGCGCUGAAUGCCAAAUUGCCUUCCACUACCGAGAGAUAGCCAGUGUGCCGGAUGGAGACCCAGGAGGAAUGACAAGUCUCGUCCCCCUCGCCAACAAUCGGAGAAAAUGCACUCAUCCGGUGGAUGCGUCCUCGCGCUCCUUGCGUCCCUUAUCGCCUCCCACGCCGCCGGGGCCUCGUCGCUGGAUGUGACGGAUGCAAACGGCACGCAGACCAGCAAUGUGACAGAUGCCGACCGAGGAUUCGUCCCGACGGCGUUCACAGAAGUGAGCCAGAUAAUUGCCCGCGAGGGCAACUGCGUCCUGAUCGAUUGCAACAUCACUGGAGAGCCGUUCCCCCGAGUUCAGUGGUUCAACUCCCACGGCAACCGCCUGGACACAGAGACAAUCGGUGGGAAGUGGUGGCUGCUGGACGAUGGCAUCCUCAACAUCACCGGCAUCGAGUUUGCGGACCGCGGGAAGUACACCUGCAUGGCGUCCAACUCGCUCGGCAGCUCCAACUGCACGGUGACGCUGCGCGUGGUCCUGAACAAGGGCGACAUGGGCGUGUACUACAUGGUGGUGUGUCUGGUCACCUUCACCAUCAUCAUGGCCCUGAACAUCACGCGCCUCUGCAUGAUGAGCAGCCACCUGAAGAAGACUGAGAAGGCCAUCAACGAGUUCUUCCGCACCGAGGGCGCCGAGAAGCUGCAGAAGGCGUUCGAGAUCGCCAAGAGGAUCCCCAUCAUCACGUCGGCCAAGACGCUGGAGCUGGCCAAGGUGACGCAGUUCAAGACCAUGGAGUUUGCGCGGUACAUCGAGGAGCUGGCGCGCAGCAUCCCCCUGCCGCCGCUCAUCAUGAACUGCCGCACUUUCAUGGAGGAGAUCCUGGAGGUGGUGGGCGUGGAGGAGAUGAGGCACACGUUUGUCCGUCAGGCACCCGAGGGGCUGCGCGGGGCGGUGGGCCGGGUCGCUGCCAUCGGGGGUAGGGACCUCUUCAGCAUCCUGCAGGAGAGGGAGCAGGAGCGCGAGCAGGAGCGCGAGCGGGAGCGCAGCGAGUCCCCCGCCGCCGACUCGGACAACUCCUCGGUCCAGGAGCAACCGCAGCACAUUGCCAUCCAGGUGUCAGUACACCCGCCGCUCGCCAUCGGCGGCUACUGCAGCAUUGAGGCUCCACCUCAGCCUGAGGCCGCGCCCUCCCCGCCUCCCCCCUCCCCCGUCCCGCCGCUCACUCCCCCUCAGCCGGAGGAAGAGCAGCCUGAGGCCGAGGCGGAGCAGAGCGCCGAACAGGAGGCUCCCGAACAGGCUGUGCCCGAACCAGCGGCGCCUGAACCGGCGGCGGGCGAGACGCCUCCCUGCCAGGUGUUCUACGAGAGCCGUGUGUGACGAAACCAGGCCGAACCCCCCGAUGACUUAUCCUGCUAUGCAUUUUCACUUGUAGACAAGAAAAGGUCCACAAAACAUUUCUCAUUUCACAUUUUUUCGGGACAACGAUCACGAUCACACGUCUCUUUAAACCUUCGUAGGCUGAUACGACUGAGAACGGGGUUUUUAGACACUUUAGACAUCUUUUUCUCACUCUGGUCUUUUCAUGCUUGAAUGUACGUGGGGGAGGGAGGCGGGGGAAUCAAUGUUAGUAUUAAUGUAAUAAGCGGCGAAUUGUAAAGGAACAUUUCCUGCGUUGAGAUUUUCAUAGCUCCGACUAUUAUUUAACGUCUUAGGGGUUGGGGUUCUUAAGUUUCGGGGGAGGGUUGAUUUAUUUUUUUCCGUUUUCUUACAGUGCUAGGGUUUUUAUGACUAACUACAGGAAUCUGCCUCAAGAUGCUCUUCAUGCCGUUACACAGCCCCCUCCCCCCCCGAAACCAUGAAACUAAGCUUCCCUCAUUCGGUCAAUAAUUCACAUCCAGCCGCCGUCACCGCCGACUCCGCCGUUAUUGUACAAUGUCCCGCUUACCUAGAAAAUGCAUGCUGGACUGGAACAAAAAAUAAGUGUGGUCACAAUUUCAUGAUUGUCCGGCCUACUGUAUUUCAAUAAGCAACAAGUAAGCCAGGUUAAACCUCCUCGAGUGUACAGUGCAUUUCCUGGUUCACACACCUCCGUUUAGAGUUUAUACGUUUCCUUUGAAAUCUAUUUUAAAAAGUGUUAUUAUAUUAUUACCCAUUGUGGUGUGAUAAGUUUUUGUUUUGUUUCUCAGCUAGUUUAAGUGGUUUAAAAAAUGAAAAUAAGUCUUUUGUCUUUUCUCUCUCGUCGGUAGAGUAGGGUCGCUCCGCUCCGUCACGUGCUGUAUUUAGAUAUAUUUUUUUCCGAUUUCACUUCCUCGCCUGAUCUCGGCAACGUAUGGCUUCUGCAGAGGCUCUUCAGUACGGUCGCAUUUCUGCUGCAUGGGAAAAGAGGACGGUGGAGAUGUUAGACAUCUUUGUCUGGGGUUAAAAAUAAAAAAAGGACUUGUUUCUUCUUCCUUUUGCUUGGCUGACGGUCCAGUCCGUGGCGGAGAUGAGCUGGACUCUUGUUCCUUUACCGGUGUUCGCGAGAUGCCUUUUUUUUGUAGUGGAAUAAAAUGGCAGUGCUGUGUAAAAAAAAAAAAAAAAAAAAAAAAAAAGUUUCCAUUGUUUGUGUAGAUGUGUUGGUUUUUUAUUCUUUCAUCAAUCUUUUCAUAUCAUACUUUUUGGAAUUGACCAUGAAUAUCAGAUUUAUUCACAUACAGUAAAUUGGUUAUUUUGCUCAUC